AUGACGGAAGGCAAGGCGUGGGUAGAAGAUGUGUCGUGGGCAGGCGUGGGCCUCACAGGAGCCUCGGCGCUCUUCGUGCUGGCAUCGGUGCUGAGCGGGAAGAAGGCGCGCGAGCUAGAGUCCGCGAAGGAGGUCGAGCGAGUCUCAGACGUGCGCCUGAUCAAGGGCCUCACGCCGAUGCUCGUCGCGGUGUACGGCAAGGUCGCGAGCGACGCCCCGCUGGAGGUCCCCGGCUGCAAGGACGGCGCGGUCAUCCACACGGCCAGCGAGGAGCAGAUAUACUUCCGGCAGCAGCAGGAGUCGGGGGAGUGGCUCCGGGACCGCGCGACGAUCCUGAGCACCACGCAGGAGGCGCCGUUCUUCCUCGAGGACGUCGACGGCAAGGCGGGCGCGCUCGCGAGCGGGAUCAAGCUCCCCGUCGUCAACGGCAAGGCCGCGGACGGCAUCCCCUACGUGGUGGUGGUCGACACGUUCGAACCGCUGGGCAAGUCCCUGCUCAAGGCCGGGCUGGACUACAUGCGCGGGAUCCGCGUUCUGGGGACGCGCAGGACGGAGGCGGUGCUGCCCGUCGGGACGCACGUCACUGCGGUCGGGGAGCUGACUCAGGCCCCCGGGGGCUCCGAGCGGUCCGUGGGGCUGGUGCUGAGGAAGCCCGAAAACGGCGGGCCCUUCUACCUCUCCGUCAAGACCCUGAAGGACCUGAUCCGGUCCAAGGAUCGCAUGUCGGGGAUAUGCAAGGUGGUUGCGAUCGGCCUGGGCGUGACCGGCGUCGUCCUGGUGACCCGCAAGCUGUGGCGCGGGUUCAUGGCGCGGCGGCGACAGGAAAAGGCGCGCCGGGAGGUCCGGCGGAACUUCAACGCGCUGGGCGAGAACCUCCCCGAGGGCGUCACCUCCGAGGAGGAGCUCUGCACGCUGUGCUUCGCGCGCAAGCGGGACUGCGUGUACCCCAGCUGCGGCCACAUGGCAUGCUGCUACGAGUGCUCCGCGCGGGCCGGACCCGCGUGCCCGAUCUGCCGGGCCCGGGGACGCGCCAUCCGCAUCUACCACAGCUGA